AUGCCCCCAGACCCCUUUCACAAGGGUAUUUCCCUACUGGGGGCAAGCCCCCGGACCCCUGCCCUGGGGUCUGAGAACUUGCCAAGAGCCGAUGAGAAGCAGGGGGCAGAGGUCUGGCUAUGUGAAGAAGUUAAGGGUCUGGAAAUUCAAUUACAUUAUGAUGUGAUGAUGAUCAAAAAGUCCUUGAAAAAGUCUUUUGAAAAUGAGCUAUCAAAAGGCUUUGCAAGUAACAAAUACUCCUUUGGCUACUCUGGUCUGGAAGGAGCAGCUGAGCAAUACAAUUCACAAAACAGAGUCACAAUGGUCAUAAGCCGCAGCUUCAUUCUAACCCUGGGGACUGGAAUGUUCUGCGGUUUCUUCUCCUUCUAUCUCUUAAACACCACUGUAACUCUGCACCCUCGCUACAUAGAGGGCAUUAGUCCUCCUCACAGUGUAGAAAACCAUGCACACAACCAUGAGGAUCUGGAAAAUGCUGCUGGGCCACUGGGGAGUGUAUCCAUGCACUCAAUUCAUGAAGCUCACCAUGCAGGUGAGAGUGUGGAGGCUGAGCAACUCAAGGGAAAAGUUCGCGUUUUGUGCUGGGUGAUGACCAACCCAAAGAACCAUGAGAAGAAAGCACGCCACAUUAAAGCGACCUGGGCUCGGAGGUGUAACAAAUUACUAUUCAUUAGUUCGGAAGAAGACAAAGAACUAGGAGCUGUAGCAUUAGAAGUUGGUGAAGGUCGUGAUCAUCUGUGGGAGAAGACGAAAGCAGCCUUUGUUUAUGUUUACAAUAACCAUUACAAAGAUGCUGACUGGUUCUUGAAGGCAGAUGAUGACACAUAUGUAAUUGUGGAGAACCUCCGCUACAUGUUGAGUCCUUAUGAUGCAGACGAUCCCAUGUGGUUUGGCUGUCGCUUCAAGAAGUACGUCAAGCAAGGAUAUAUGAGUGGAGGUUUUCUCUGCUUGAGACAACCCUUGAUCGAGCAGGCUUGUAGGACAUCCUAGGAAGUCAUGUCUCGGGCAGAUUGAUCAGAUACAUUGCGAGGAGCUAGAGAUGGACCGAGGCUCUGCCUGGCAGCUCACCAUGAGAGACCCUCAUAGGUGGAAAUGAUGGAUGGUUGGAGCUAUCACCCCAAACAACUUUAGCUCCCAUUGAUUGACUGAUACUGAGACUGUAGGUCUCACUGUCACAACAGCCAUUAAUUCUCUUUGGCUUCGCUUUUUAAACAAUACAGUAGAUGUUUGAUAUCUUUUGAGAUUAGUGAUCAGUAUACAUAUGCAAAACUCAGUAUUAGUAUGUUUUUCUUCUUAGCCCAUUAAUUCUGGGAUGAGAUAUGUAGAUGCCAUGGCCACUAUGAUUUUAGUUUAUUAAUUUUGUGUAUACAGAUUGUGCCUCAUAUGCUUAAUCACAAGGAUUCAGUGAUUAGUUCUACCUGAUCUCAUCUGUUUACCCUUUUCAUUGAUUUUCAUAAAAGCUAACGUAAUUUUUGUUGCACAAUCAAAAUGUCACUAAUGACAGUAAUGUUGAUAAUAUUACUAAUGAUAAUGAAAAUGGU